AUGUAUCCUCAGCAUGAGACCAACCCCCAUUUUCUUCCACAACCACCAUAUCCACAGCUCCAAGAACAGAGGCCAAGGCUGCCGCCGCAAGGCCCUAGACAUCCUGAUGGCCAUUUUACUCAGCCUUCACCACGGCCACAUGAUACCCAUCACCCUCAUUUCCAACCACCCCUCCAGCCACGUCCAUCCAGACAUCACCUGCCGCAACCAGUUAUUCCACCCAAAACCAGGACUCAUCGUAAACAUGGAGGCGAAAUGCCCCUACCGCAGCUUCAUCAGGGAGGACAUCAUUUCGGCCAACAUGGUGAUGACCCAGAGCAGGACCCAAGGUCGCAACAAGGGCAGGGCCAACAGCGGCCAUCUCCUCUUCCAGUGAAUACUACACGUAAGGCUAGACCUGUAGCCUGGAUAAUUGCUGCAUUUUGUACUCUGUUUUGGAUCAUAGUCAUAGUGGCAGGUCUAGCAGUACUGAUCAUCUAUCUAGUCUAUCGCCCAAGGCUUCCAAAAUUCGACAUCUCAACGGCAACUCUGAAUGCAGCCUAUCUUGACACGGGGUAUCUUCUCGAAGCUGAUCUUACCAUACUAGCAAACUUCACCAAUCCAAACAAGAAAAUGAAUGUGGACUUCAGUUAUGUGAUAAUGGAUCUUUAUUAUGAAUCAAACUUAAUAGCUAGGAGAUAUGUUGAGCCCUUUACGGCACAUAGGGGUCAAUCCAUAUUUGAAGAUAUUCACAUGGUUACUAGUCAAGUUAGGCUUCCCAUUGCUCCAAGUCAAGGUCUGACGAGGCAAAUGAACAGUGGAGGAGUGAAGUUUGACGUGAAGGGUCUGUUCAGAGCAAGGUCGAACUUGGGUGGAGCGUUGAGGUAUUCUUAUUGGCUGUACACCCAUUGCAUUAUAACACUAACUGGUCCUCCCUCGGGUGUAUUGAUAAGCAAAAAAUGCACAACAAAGCGUUAG